AUGAACGCAGCCUUAGCUGAGGAUUCACGGAUAAUCUCCCUUAAUGUUUUUCAUUGGGAUGAAAAGAGGCCGGGUCAUGCUCUUCGUCGCUAUCUACUCAACAAAGUCGCUAAGGGGGUUCUGUACUUACUCGAUCGUCUGAACGAGGAGCUAGUGCAAAAUCGCGUGCAGCUGUUGGGACGUCAUAGCAGAUCCGAUGUGCUCGAACUAACUUAUUGCCAAAAGGCUUUUGUCCCAAGAAAAACGGCUACUACGCUUGUCUCGCAGAUCGAUGGCAACUACACUCAAUGCCAGAGUACAUAUUCGAGUUUUGAUGAAACCUUGGACAAGCCUGAUACCGCAGAUGCUGACGACGAUGACGAUCGCGAUCCGGCAGAAAUUGAGGCGAAGUUAUCAAAACUUCGACUCACUGGGAUGAAGAAGAGGCCGGAUCAUUCUCUCCGUCGCUGUGAGAGUUAG